AUGGUCAAGGAAACAGGUUUCUACGAUGCACUGGGUGUAAAACCUAAUGCAACACCUGAUGAGCUUAAGAGAGCGUAUCGGAAAUUAGCCCUGAAAUAUCACCCAGACAAGAAUCCUGCGGGAGAGAAGUUCAAGGAGAUCUCACAGGCUUAUGAAGUGUUGUCAGAUCCCAAGAAAAGAGAGGUGUAUGACCGUGGAGGUGAGAAGGCUAUAAAAGAGGGAGGAACUGGCGGUGGCGGCAGCGGUGGAGGCUUUGCAUCACCCAUGGACCUUUUCGACUUAUUUUUUGGCGGAGGAAGUCGUAUGCAAAGAGAGCGAAAAGGGAAGAAUAUUGUAAAUCAGAUUACAGUGAAACUGGAAGACCUUUAUAACGGAGCUACAAGGAAACUAAAUGUCCAGAAGAAUGCUCUCUGUGAGAGAUGUGAAGGUCGAGGGAGUCGAAAAGGUGCAGCUCAGAUGUGCAUGUCUUGCCAUGGCACGGGGAUGCAGGUCCGCAUGCACCAGUUAUUACCAGGUAUGGUCCAACAGGUGUCCACAGUGUGUGUCAGCUGCCAAGGCCAAGGACAGAGAAUCAGCCAGAAGGAUCGCUGCAAAUCAUGCGGAGGCAGAAAGAUCAUGCGACAGAAGAAGAUCUUGGAGGUGCACAUUGACAAAGGAAUGAGAGACGGGCAGAAGAUAGUAAUGAAUGGGGAAGGGGAUCAGGAGCCUGGCCUUGAGCCAGGUGACUUUAUCAUCGUCCUGGACCAACAAGAACAUCCCCAAUUCACCAGAAAAGGAGACGACCUGAUCACGUCUGUGGAGUUGCAGCUGGUCGAAGCUCUGUGUGGUUUUAAGAAACCACUGAGGACACUGGACAACAGAACUCUCCUCAUCAUCGCACAUGCAGGAGAAUUAAUCAGGCCUGGAGACACUAAGUGUGUCAUGAAUGAAGGGAUGCCCAUGCAUCGCAGACCUUUUGACAAGGGACGGCUUAUAAUCAACUUCUCAGUGGUUUUCCCACCAGCCAACUUCCUCCCCACAAACAAGCUGAAGGAGCUGGAGCGCUACCUCCCAGACAAACUAGAGGCGGAGCAGUCAGAAAGUAUGGACGAUGACCUCUACAUCUACGCCGACCUGGAAGACUGUGAUUUUGAGAACAGAAAGAGACGCCAACAUCAGUACCACUACAUGGAUGAAGAUGAUAGUGUUCGCACUGGAGUACAGUGCCAGACGUCUUAAACAGCUUCAGGCUUGUUAUGCAUUCCACAAUGACAACUUAUCAUCUCUGAAGCAAAGCACCUUCGAAAAUAAUCGUUGCACAUUUUGUUUCCUUUAUUAUUUUUUCGUCAUAACUGAUUUUUUUUCCUUUACCUUAAAGCCAACCUGACUCAACAAACUGUUGUGAGUAAUUAAAGCAACUUUAAAAAUAAACUAGGUUGGAGGACGAGUCCGAGUUCUUCUCGUCUCUUUAAUUAUUUUUCCAAACACUGUGAAAGAGGAAACCUGAGAAAAUACUAAACUGCCAACUCUUAAUGCAGUUACUGGUGGUCAAUAUUAACCUGAAGACAACGUAUUUAUGGUCUUCAUUAUUAAAAUGAUUCACUGGGGACACAUUCUGUCCAUUUUUUUCAUGCGAAGACAACGUCAUACCCUUUCAAAAGAGUUGAUUCUAUAGGGUCAUUUUAACGUUGUGACGGGAUGAAGCUCAUGAUUCUGAAAGGAAAAUGUAAGGAUUUUAUGUUGCUAAUCUGUAGAUUUCUCAAACUAAUAUUUAAGUUUUAAUAAGGAUAUUUUUUAAAGUUUUGAGCCACCCAUACAUGUCUGUUGAAGAUCAUUUACGAGAAAAAAUUUCAACUUUAUGUAUGCUUGGUGGUAUGUUUUUGGUUUUUGUUUAUGUUUGCCAAGUCACAUAUGAGUACAUGUGAAAAUAUAAUGAACUGCUGUUUAAUCGGUAAGAAAUCAAUGUUCACUUACUUUUCUGGUCCUGUCCUAAAAGGAACUCUGACAUUUAAAGAAAAACUAUUAAUGUGUAUAAGAUUUUGCCUUUCUGCUCAAUUCUUAGAGUGACUUACUUCAUUCUGUACCUUCAAGUUUCGGUACCACAGUGAAAUCAAAGUCAGCACACCUGAUACCUCACUGAAGUGUCUGCCUGUUCAAAAGCCUUACAAAAUCUUGACUCUGCGUGUUUUGGACAUUGUAAACCAACCAUCUUUACUAACACCUGAUUUCUUCUGAUUGUCCAGUGCAAAAUGUCAAGUGUUGUCCAGUACAAUGAUGUGCAUGUCAGGGCCAAUGUUUUUUUGUUUUUUUUUUAGUUUUUGUUUUCCUAAUUAAACCCCCUUUUGAUGUUGUUUUUAA